CGUCAAUCUACACCUAUAAAAUUUCGUAAUCGGAUUCCCGCAACCCAAUGCAAUUGACAAAUAUUCUGCUAUCAUUUAGCUAAUCCCCAUAAACCUGAAUCCUAAACAAUUGCAAUUCUCGAAUUCUCCAAUCCGUAUUUCUGCUUUCCCUAUUGUUCCUCCGCCGGCGAUGGAAUCGCUCUUGUCUCCGGCGGAUCGCCUAUCCGGAGAUUCCGGGGAUGAGAUUACCGAAGAAAAUGAAACUCUGGUUAGCGCGUCGAGUUUCAAAGGUGCUUCUUUGAAUCAGCAGCAGAGGCGGAGGCGCGGCAACAAGUUUGCGGCUCCGCCUUGCCGUCAGCAGUCGUUCAGCCGUGAGAUUGGCCACGCUGCUGCCGAGACUUACCUUCUCACUCGCCUCAGCUUCAAGCUGCUCAGCUAUCUCGGGGUAGGAUAUCGGUGGAUAACAAGACUACUGGCUCUUACUCUUUAUGCGAUGCUUCUUAUGCCGGGUUUUAUCCAAGUUGCUUUUCAUUAUUACUUUUCAAGCAGAGUGCGUCGAAGUAUUGUAUAUGGUGAUCAGCCAAGAAAUAGGCUAGAUUUGUAUUUACCUAGAAAUAGUGAUGGCUUGAAGCCUGUGGUGAUAUUUGUGACUGGAGGGGCAUGGAUUAUUGGGUAUAAGGCCUGGGGUGCGCUGCUGGGAAUGCAAUUGGCAGAAAGAGACAUCAUAGUGGCAUGCCUUGACUACAGAAAUUUUCCUCAGGGAACUAUCAGUGACAUGGUUUCUGAUGUCAGUCAUGGAAUUGCAGUCAUUUGCAACAAUAUUGCUGAGCUUGGUGGAGAUCCAAAUAAGAUUUAUGUAAUGGGGCAAUCAGCAGGUGCACAUAUAUCUUCAUGUGCUCUUCUGCAGCAGGCAGUAAAAGAAUCCAAAGGUGAGAGCAUUUCUUGGAGUGCAUCCCAGAUAAAUGCUUAUUUUGGUUUGUCAGGGGGGUACAAUUUACUCAAACUAGUUGAUCAUUUCCAUAACCGAGGCUUGUAUCGGUCUAUAUUCUUGAGUAUCAUGGAAGGAGAAAAGUCAUUGGAAAAAUUUUCUCCUGAAAAAAUCAUAGGAAACCCAAGCGCAAGUGGUGCAGUUCGUCUGCUACCACGAAUCAUUCUUUUCCAUGGUACCUCAGAUAAUUCCAUACCAUCCGAUGAAAGCAAAAUGUUUGCGGAUACACUCCAAAAAGUAGGAGCUCAAGCCGAACUGAUCUUGUACGAGGGGAAAACGCAUACAGAUUUAUUCCUCCAAGAUCCUCUGCGUGGUGGUAAAGAUGAGCUAUUCGACUACUUGGUGGGGUUCAUACAUGCCGAUGACAAGGAAGCUCUUGCUAGGGAUGCUGCGGCUCCUCCUAUAAGAUGUCGUGUACCUGAAUUACUUCUUAGAUUGGCCGGCCAAAUCAGCCCUUUUUAGCCCACACCAUACUUGCACUUGCAGCUGAAGAUGGAAACCUCACUUCCUCAGUGUUGAUCUGUUUUGAUAUUUGUAAUACCUUGUAAUUAUUGGAGAUACAGAUCGCUACUUUUACCAUGCUCAUCGUAAUUUGUCUUUGUUAAAUGAGGAAUGGAUGAGGUGAUUCAUUUUCAAUGAUUUGAAUUUUCUACUA